CGAGCCCAGGAGCAGAGGCGGGCUCCGCACCGCACCGCGCCCCGCACGCUCGCCGGCUCCUGAGACGCGCGGGCGGCCGCCUGGGCGCACCAGCCGGGUCACCUUGUCCCGGAGGGAAAUGGGUCCUAUGGGGCUCGUGUGACCAGUGAAUACAGCCUGCUAGCCUGACGCCCAGCAGGGAGGGAGUCUACCAUGGAUGGCAUCAUUGAGCAGAAGAGUGUUCUGGUGCACAGUAAGAUCAGUGAUGCUGGCAAAAGAAAUGGCUUAAUUAACACCAGAAACUUCAUGGCUGAGAGCAGGGAUGGCCUGGUGUCCGUUUACCCAGCACCUCAGUACCAGAGCCACAGGCUGGUGGCCAGUGCAACGCCAGGCAGCCUGGAAGGAGGCAGAAGUGAGCCAGUGCAGCAACUGCUGGACCCAAACACACUGCAGCAGUCCAUGGAGUCCCACUAUCGUCCCAACAUCAUCCUCUACUCAGAUGGUGUACUCCGCUCUUGGGGGGAUAGCGUGGCCACUGACUGCUGUGAGACUACCUUCAUUGAGGACCGGUCACCCACCAAAGACAGCCUGGAGUACCCCGAUGGGAAAUUCAUCGACCUCUCAGCUGAUGACAUCAAAAUCCACACCCUGUCCUACGAUGUGGAAGAAGAGGAGGAGUUACAGGAGCUGGAGAGUGACUACUCCAGCGACACAGAGAGUGAGGACAACUUCCUCAUGAUGCCCCCACGGGACCACCUGGGGCUCAGCGUCUUCUCCAUGCUCUGCUGCUUCUGGCCUUUGGGCAUUGCGGCCUUCUACUUGUCCCAUGAGACAAACAAAGCUGUGGCCAAAGGAGACUUCCAUCAGGCCAGCACCAGCUCCCGGAGGGCCCUGUUCCUGGCAGUGCUAUCCAUCACCAUUGGAACUGGCAUCUACGUGGGUGUGGCUGUCGCCCUCAUCGCCUACCUCUCCAAGAAUAACCACCUGUGAGCUUCCUAAAGGCUGGCAGAAGGAGGGGAGCCGGGCCAUGUGUGUGAGGGUGGAGAAGAGACACCUGUGUGAUACUGUACAGUACAAGUGAUUUCCAAAUGACUCCAUAAUGCCCUGGAAUCUUCUACUCCUGGACUACUUCUUCUUCUCCUUUUUUUUUUAAUCCUUCCAUUUCAUCUUGAGCACUGUGCAGAGCACCAGGCAGCCAGCAAUGCUGAUUCUUCCACAUGGAAGCUCCAAAGAUUCCAGCCCAGUGGCUGAGCCUGGAUGGAUUCUAAUGGAUCGAUGAUAACCCAGCUCUGCAGCCUGCCAGUGCCUGGACCGCCACCCCAUUAGCAAUAUACAAACAGUUAAAAAAUAUGUUUAUUUUUUAUGGAAUAUGGUGCAAUAGGCAGAAUGCAGGAGACAUGUCACCACUAGCUGUGGCCUGCUUAUGUCCUCUGUGUCCCCCAUCCUUGUGGCUUCCUUUCAGAAACAAGUGAGGUUGACAAGGAAAAGAAAACACCUGCUGGGAGAUCUGCUGUCUCUGUCCACAGAUGGAUCCUGCCUGAGAAUUCAAAAUUAGGAGGAGCAUAGCGCCUAUCCUGGCCCUGCUCAGUCCCAGCACGCUGCCCCAGCUUGGAGCAUCGGGCUCCCUGCAGAUACCCAGCAAUACACAGUUCUGGGGCCUCAUUAAUCUUAAAAGGGAGGCAGCCAUAGGCCCGCCUCCCUCAAGAACAAGCCCAGCAUUUGCUCCAGGAGCCUGAAGGAGAGGAACUGUGAAGACACACAGGAUGUUUAACUCUUGGACGCUCAUCCUGGUCAUGAGCAGCAAUACUGGGAUCCCGGAAAUGAGAUGGGCCUUACUCUGUCGACUAAAUGAAUGGCUAUUUUCUUGUCAUUUUUUUAAGUGCAACUCUUGCUUCAUGCUGCUUCAGUUGCCAGAUGAAUGCUGAGAAAUAAGUAAUCACAGAUGUUUUAAUACCA